CAUUAAUAUAAAAAAGAAAAAGAAACCCUCAAGAAACCUCCUCCUCAUCAAUCAUCACAAUUUUCCUUUCCAUUCAAACCCUUAUAAUUACCCUUUAACAUCUCACACACACACACCACCACCACCUCAAAUUAAAGCUAGAGCACAAUAUAUUAUAUAGUUCCAUAUUAAAGUUAUAAUUAAUUACAAAUUAAAAUGGGUAAUUGCGUAUUCAAAGGAUUCCACCAUGGCGAUUUUGAAGACACAAUGGUAAGAAUUGUAACAUCAAAUGGAGGCAUUAUGGAACUUCAGUCUCCAAUAAUAGUAGAGUGCAUAACCAAUGAGUUCCUACACCAUGGAAUUUUCAAAAACAACAGCAAUAUAUUCUCAAAACCACUUCCUAAAAAUGAGGAACUUCAAGGUGGUGAAAUUUACUAUCUUCUCCCUCUUAACCAUUAUUCAUCAAACAAAAACAUGACCAAACAAUUUGAGGAAACAUUUGAAACGUUGACACCGUACAGAGUGUCCAUGUGUGACAAGAAUAACAAGAAUAACAAUACGUGGUCGGAACAUGAAGUGUUUCCUAGGUACAAUAGUAGUGGAGUUUGGAAGGCGAAAUUGGUGAUAAGUCCGGAGAAGUUGUCGGAGAUCUUGUCGCAAGAAUCGAGGACGGAGGCAUUGAUAGAGAGUCUAAGGACGGUGGCUAAAUGUGGUCAUGGGGUGCCAUCAUCCGUCGCAAACUCCGAGCAAUGGAGUGUAUCCAGCAGUUUUAAAGGUUCUAUGUUAUUAGAAAAUUUUAAUUUAGAUUCUUCAAGUUCAAAUUAGUUUAUUUUGCUGUUAUAUUCUGAUUUUAUUUUCUUUAUUUGUUUGGUUAGAUAUUAAAUAUUUUUUUUUCAAUUUUAGGCGUCGUGUGUAUAUAUGCAUGUGAAAUGAUAUAUAUUAAUUUUCUUUUGGCUAUUAAAUUUCAA